ACAACCGCUAUCCGACCAGAGUGCGCCCCCUACCGGAGCUGUGACGGUACCGCGUUCAACGCUGCAAAACGUCUCAAAUAGCGGAACAAUCAGGAUUGCAUUUUGAGUUUUAUUUAUAACCGCUUAUUUAUCCGUGUAUUUGGGGAGAACGUAGGAAUGGAGGAGAUUUAUACCCAAGGUAUUUGGUUGGCUGAAACUCUCCAACAGAGGACGAGGAGCCAGGAAAAAUUCUGGCUUGUUGUCACUCAUAUUGGAGAUCCUAAAGCAGCCUUCCUGCUCCUCUUUCCUUUCACCUAUUUCGUCAACAAACGAGCUGGAGUUGCGGUGCUUUGGGUAGCAGCUAUAUCAGAAUGGUUAAACUUGGUGUUUAAAUGGAUGCUGUUUGGAGAAAGGCCAUUCUGGUGGAUAGGCGAAUCACGUCUAUUUGUCAACAAGCAGCCCGAAGUUCAUCAGUUUUCCUCCACCUGUGAAACCGGGCCAGGCAGUCCGUCGGGACAUGCGAUGGUGACGGCAGCAGUCUGGUGGGUUGUGGUGUCCUCACUGGGGUCAUUUCUAUACUCCCGUACUCACAGUGUGGUAUUAUCAGCUGCUCCCUACCUGCUCUAUGUGUUGAUGCUGGUGGCAGUUGGAAUCUCCAGGAUCUUCAUCCUCGCCCACUUCCCUCACCAGGUCGUUGCUGGCUCCAUUACAGGUUUCAUUCUGGGGAUUGUCCUGAGCCGCAGAGUACCAGAAAGUCGCUCCCUCCUGUUCUUCUUUAGCUUCAGCAUUGUUCUGCUGCUCAGCGCUCUGAUGCUGCAUGCUGGAUUACAGCAGUUUGGAAUCGACCUUUCCUGGUCUAUUGCUUUGGCUAAGAAAUGGUGCAGCCGUGCCGAGUGGAUUCAUUUGGAUACAGCCCCAUUCUCCUCUCUGACUCGAGACUGUGGGGCCCUUCUUGGUUUGGGGCUGGCCCAGUACUGGAAGCCUGGAGGAUGGUCUCUGCCAUGGGCUCCGAGGGCUCUAUCUCUGGCUAUUUCAUCCAUGGGACUAUACCACGUGAAUCGCUUGCCACUCCCGGUCCGACCACAAGGCCUCUUCUAUGGCCUCCUCUUUGUCAAAUUUAUCAUAUUGCCUCAGAUUGUCAUGGUGCUUGUGCCUGGACUGGUUCACCUUUUUACACACAAAAAGAAGAAGGACUAGAAACCGUUUUUCUCCUCUACAGGUGUCUUUCACACCUCUGAGGACUCUAGCUUUCUUCUGACAGAAUAGUUUCUGUUAACACUUUAACCGUCUAUUUACUGUAUUUCAUGGGUACUGUUGUGGGUACAGGCUGUUAGUUAGUCACUCCACAUUGCUUUUUUUUCCUCUUAGAAUUCAACUCGCAAUUGUUUUUUGUUCGGUCAGUGACUUCAUGUUUUUUCUUUUUAUAACAGUACGUGGGCCUUUAAUGAGGGGAAUGUAUUAGAUCUUUUAGUUUACCGCACAUUUGCACAUUGACCUGUAUGCACUAUAAUACUAACUGUUGUAAAUGCUGCAGUAUUUUUGCCAAAUUGUUAGCUUGUAACAAGGUUUAUUGCAGGAAAAGUGCAGUUUUGAGGCACUGCAUCAAAAAAUGUCAUAUGAUUUGAAAUCUUCUUGGGCAGGACCUAGCUGUCGAUCAUUUGUGCUCAUUUUAUUUAUAAUGUUUUGUUCCUCCGACCUUCAUCAGGUGAGAUAUUAGCUUAUAUAUCAGAUGAAAAACAUUUACCUUAAUGCAUGUCUGAGGACCAAAAUGUCAACAAAGUGAUUGUGAAUAGUUGACGAGUGGAACUCCUCCUCUUCUUUGAUCCUACAAACCUGUCGAUACGACCUUCUGAUGUCGCAAAACUUUAUAGCAAUUGCGAGAGAUGAGCUGUAAUGGUACAAGUUAAAGUGGCAGUCUGGAAGAUUUCAGUCCUGGUUGAUUCUGCAACACCUGCAGUUACUGGCGGUUAGAGCAAGUGCAGUUUAAUACUACAGGUCAAAGAAUUCUUGGUUCAGCAAAAGAAACUACUGUCGUUUUAAUAAGGAAGUCAGGCAAUAAUUGGCCUUUUUUCCGUCAUUCUGUGAGCAAUUGUGAUCUGUUCUUAUGCUGGACACGGCACAAGUGCGAACAGCAGGGCACAGUGAAAAGAGUCGGUUGGAGGUGCGCAGCCUGCCGCCUGCAGCUCUUCAUCUAACCGCUCACUGUGGCUGCUCCUUCUUGUUCCAUUACUCCCUGCAGUUUUUCAAACGGAUCCUCUGUCCAGAAAUGCAUAAAAAUGACCAUUUUUCUGUAGAUGCAUUUUUGAUGACCAGUAGCAGUAUUUGCUAAGCUGACUGACAAACACAUUGCAUUCUCUGUGACUACUUCGUAAUAACAGUCAACUCGUGUUUUGUCAGUUAAAUGCUUUUAAUGUGAAGCUGCAGCAGCAAUGUUGGGUUUGCAUUAGCAGUAACUUAAUACAGGAUUUUUUUUCGGGAGUGUCGCCACAGACACCCAGUUCGUAAUACUUCAAAUUUAUAAAUUUUGCAGCACUUUCAUCAGUGGGUCAUAGGCUCAAUCACCAUUGUGUCACCUCAUUCAGCGAUAGUUACUGAUUUAACAGACAUUUAUUAGAAUGAAAAUCUUCGAGAUUGCCACUUUAACAUUCUGUGUGUAAUUCAACAGUCGAAAGACUCAGAUGGACCAUUCAGCAAAAAUAGCACCGCGUUUUGGUUAAACUGGUAUUCAUGCCUGGGUUAAAAGCUCAACAGAUGUAUGAUGAUGUAAUUACAUGAAUUGUACGAUAUAACGCAAUCCCAUGCAAUAAAAGCAUUAAUUUAAGCAUUAUAACUGCUGAAAUCAGUACUUUUUAUAUUAAAAGUGGGUCAAAUCACCCUGUGGAUGUGUACGG